UGAUAGAGUUUGGGAGUUUUUCAUGUGAAAUUUAAAUAUUAUAAUGUUACACUGCUACAAGCGAGCAGUAGGGGAUUUUUUUAAGUUUUUUUUUUUCUCAUUCUUUUCUUAUAUUCCCCUUCCUUUUUUGUUCUAAGAGUGAAGAUAGAUUCCCUUUACUAUUCUUUUGCUUGUUUCAACAGGUGCUGCGUUCAUAGUUGCUGUUCUAAGGGACAAGAAUAUAACUGGUGUUGGGAGUUCACAGUUUAGGGGAAGUUCCCAGUUUGACAAGGGCCCGAGAAGAAUGUGGUCAACGUCCGAAGAAUCGUUGCUUAUAAAUGCGCCGAAAGACAUUUGCAAUCAGGGCUGGAAAUCCCAAAAUGGGGCAUUCAGAGCAGGCUAUUUGCACCACUUGGAAAAGGCUUUAUCAGAUGCACUAGGUGGAACUGACCUACGUGCCACUCCACACAUUGAGUCGAAGAUAAAAAAUUGAAAGAAAACAUACAACACACUCUUCACAAUGCUUAGCAAGUCAGGUUUCGGCUGGAACGACACAGAACAAAGAUAGAUGUUGAAGGGGACGACGUUUGGGCAAAGUAUGUACUUUCCAACCCACAUAUUAGCGUCAUUAAGUCUUUCACUAACGAUCAUAUUUUUUCUAGAAAGACCGCAAUGUAAAAGGAAUGCGUGAGAAAAGCUGGCCUUACUACAAUGAUUGGAGCAUAAUUUUUGGCAAAGACCGUGCUACAGGCUAGUAUGCCAAAGAUUUAGAAGAGAUGGUUGGAGGUGAUGAUGCUGGAGUUCAGGUGCAUGAUGCUGAGGAUGUUGCGGACACUGACGUUAAUAUGGCAGACACUGGAAUGUCUAAAAGCACGCCUGUACAUGGUGUGGUUGGACAUGGGGACACACCCACAAGCUGUAAACAUCGGAGAAAAGCAACUGGUGAAACAUCUGAUGGCAUUGCACGCAGCAUAAGUAAAAUGACAGAAAUACUUGGUGAUUAUGUGUCGAGUUGUGGAAAACAACUCUCACAUAUUGCUCAGAGGGUUGGUUAUGAGCAAGAUGCUACUGAGGCGAGGCAUCAACUUAACACCGAAUUGGCAAAAAUAGAUGGCCUAAUGAUGGAACACCGACACAGAACAACUUAUAAGAUUGCUAGUGACCCGAUUAAGGUGGAUCUCUUCAUGAGCUUGCCAGAAAGUGAGAGACCAGCAUGGCUUCUUGGCGUGUUAUGGGAUAAUGCAUCAGUGAUGGACAAUUAG